GAAGUGGGCAUAACCAUCCUUAGUAAGGAUUGGUGAUGUUAGAAGCCUCUUACAUUGCUGGUGGGAUUAUAAAAUAGUGCAAUCUCUAUGGAUAACAGUUUGGCAUAUCUUCAAAAUGCUGAACAUAUACCAUUACCACAUGACCCAUCAGUCCCAUUCCUUGAAAAUGUAAACAGAUGAUGUAUAUACUAAUUCACAACAUCUGAGUGAUAAACAAAUUGUGGUUUAGCCCUAUGAUGGAAUAGUCCUCAGCAGUAAAAUAUAACUAAUGAUCCAGUAGCAUGGUGAAAUCUCAAAGAUAUUCUAAGUACAAGAAGUGAGACACAGAAGAGUAGACACUGUUUGACUGCCAUCUAUAAAAUUCUAAAGCAGUCUCUCGCGACGACAUACGUCAGUGCUGCCUCUGCCUGUGCGCGUGCGCGGUGGACUUCACUGUCCACCGGACCGUAAACUAUCUGGAUCUUCGUGGCGGUUCCUUGAGUGUUACUUACUGAACACCCUUCAUACGGACCCAGGUUGCUGUAUAUACAUUAUACCUCAGUAAAUCUGAUUGAAAAUACCCUGAAAAGCAGGGAGUUCUGGGAAACAAGAGCUGCAGCUCCAAGCGAAUGCUAGUAACAGUAGUAAUUGUAAUUGCUGAUUUUUAAAACUGCAGUUUAAUAUGAGGUAGCCAAUCUACUAAGCCUUUUAAUACAUUAGAUUAUAACCCUGUGAGGAAGAUAUUAUAGCCCCUAUAGUUAAGGCACCUAGAUUUUGGAAUUUUUAAGUAGUUUGCCCAAAUUCACAUAGCUAGCAAAUGGAGCUUCAUCUGAGAAAGGAACUGGCGUGUGUGUGUGUGGCAGGUCACAGAAGAUGAUGGGUGGUAUAUAGUAGAGGGUCUUUAAAGAUCAGCUAUUGUAAUAUAAAAGAUAAAUACACACGACCUUUCGUUGACACAUUUAAAAGAUUCCUUCCCUCCCCUCCAAAAAACAGUUUUAAAAUUGCACCCCUAAUUUGAGGGGAAAACAAUUCUAUUAAAAUGUUAAUGGUACACAUUUUUUUAAUUAUUAGUGUAAAUUAGGACUUUUAUCAAAAAGCAGGGCCCUUAGUACACUUAAUUUAUUCGACUACCAUCUCUGUGCUAUUACUGUCAAUUACUUUAAUUCUUUAUAUUAUUGAAAGGCUGCAGUGGCCACGCCCUAGUCCUGGGCAAGAGAGGCAGAGCUUUCCCCGCUACUGCACGGUGGGCGCGCCGGGGCUGCCGCAGUGGCUCCUGGGAGUUGUAGUUCGUUCUGGUCUUGGUCUCCCUGACGCAUUUCCUGUGCGUCCCUGUCAGCAGCCGUGGGCUCCGCCGAGGCCCGAGAGGCGCGCUCCGCAUUCCGGGGCAGGCUGCCUUCACCGGUCACCGGUCACCAGUCAUCGCGGUCACCCGAACUGCAGUGGGCUGUCCUCGUCGUUCCCGGAGGGGUGUCACGGAAACGCCCAGGACGGGCUUCUGAAAGUCAAGAGCGAGGACGAAGUCGAUCUGGCCGCAGGUCCGUAGGUGGAGGCGGCCAGUCUUCCCCUGUUCCCCGCCGCCCAUUCAGGGAUCCGAGGAGCCGACGCUCCAAACCCGUUGUUUCCAGGCAGCGGACCGUACGGACUAGUCUGGCCUCCCUGCAGCCCGCCCGCGGGCGCGGCUGGGGCGGAAGCCGGGAGCCCAGCGGCUGCUGCUGUCGGCCUCCUCUCGCGGGGCACGGACAGCGCGGGGAUGGCCACCAGGGUCCGCACAGCUGCCACCUGGGUCCCACCCCUUCAGGAACGAGACAGUUCGGGCAGUAGGAUCAGAAAGCUCCGAGGUCAGGAACCCAUUGUGGGUCAGAGGACGCCUGACCAGAAGCCUUCCCCAGGAGGACCCCAGCGGAGGCAGAAGAGGCAGUGGACAGAGCAGGUCCCACACUGGCUGUUUACUUCCCAGGAACAGCUGCAAACCACCAAGUCCCAGGAGUCACUGUCAUUCACGGAUGUGUUUGUGCCCUUUACCUGGGAAGAAUGGCAGCUGCUGGACCCAGCUCAGAGACACCUGCACAGGAGCGUGAUGCUGGAGAACUACAGCAACCUGGCAUUCCUGGGGUACCAGCCCACCAAGCCUGAUAUCAUCUUCCAGUUGGAACACGGAGAGCUGUGGAUGAUGCAGGCCCAAGUUGCAAGUCCAGGCCAUUCAGAUAAAGCCUGUGAAAUUGGUGAUCAUGUGGAAUGUUAUCAGGAAAAUCAAGACAAGAUGGGAAGUGUGUCAGAUUGCUGUGAGUGUCCUGCAUUUGGAGCACAAUGUCUUCUUGCUACAGCUUGUAUUCCUGCAAGACAAAAGCUUUAUAAAUGUGGCACAUGUGGAAAGAGUUUGAAAUAUAAUACAGACUUCAAUAGUAAUAAUGUUGGAAAGAACCCUAAUGGGUUUUAUGCACAAAGGGAAUCAUUCCUCCAUUGUAAACAUGAACGAACUCUUUUUGGAGUAAAAUACUGUGAAAGUAAUGGAUCUGGGAAAACUGUCGAGAAGCCACAACCCAUGCGCCAACAAAUCUGUAUGGGAGGAAAGCCCUUCAAAUGCAGUUACGGUGGGAAUGUCUUCAGCAGCAAGUCAUGCCUUGUAGUGCAUCAGCGAACUUAUGCAGAGAUGGAGACCUGCAAGUAUGAUGGAUGUGCCAGAGACAUCAGCCCCAAGUGUCACCUCAGUGAACACCAGGGAAGUCACUCAGGAGAGAGAGUAUAUGAAUGCAGUGAAUGUGGGAAAGUCUUCAGUAGGAAAGACCAGCUUGUUUCAUUCCAGAGAAUUCAUUCAGGACAGAAACCCUACGGGUGCAAUGAAUGUGGGAAAGCCUUCAUGAGUAAGUCAUACCUUGUUGUACACAUGAGGACUCACACUGGCAAGAAACCUCAUGAAUGCCAUGAAUGUGGGAAAUCCUUCAGUUUCAAUUCACACCUCAUUGUACACCGGAGGAUUCACACAGGGGAAAGUCCUUAUGAAUGCAGUGAGUGUGGGAGAGCCUUCAGUCGUAAAUAUCAGCUUAUUUCACACCAGAGAAGUCAUGCAGGGGAGAAACCCUAUGGUUGCAGUGAGUGUCAGAAAGCUUUUGGUUUGAAGUCACAGCUCAUUAUACAUCAAAGAACUCAUACGGGAGAGAAACCCUAUGAAUGCAAUGAAUGUCAGAAAGCCUUUAGUACAAAGUCAAACCUUCUGGUACAUCAGAGAACCCAUACGGGGGAGAAACCUUAUAGUUGCAGUGAGUGUGGGAAAGUCUUUACUUUCAAGUCACAGCUCAUCAUACAUCAGGGAUCACACACUGGGCUGAAACCCUAUGGAUGCAACCAGUGUGAAAAAGCCUUUAGUUUGAAGUCACAGCUCAUUGUCCACCAGAGAAGUCACACAGCUGUGAAACCCUACGGGUGCAGUGAAUGUGGGAAAGCCUUCACGAGUAAGUCAUACCUCGUUAUACACACGAGGACUCACACAGGCAAGAAACCACAUGAAUGCCAUGAAUGUGGGAAAUCCUUCAGUUUCAAUUCACACCUGAUUGUACACCAGAGGAUUCACACAGGGGAAAGUCCUUAUGAAUGCAGUGAGUGUGGGAGAGCUUUUAAUAGGAAAGAUCAUCUCACUUCACACCAGAGAACUCACGCAGGGGAGAAACCGUAUAGGUGCAGUGAAUGUGGGAAAGCCUUUAGUAGCAAGUCAUACCUCAUUGUACACAUGAGAUCUCAUUCAGGAGAUAAACCACAUGAAUGUAACAAAUGUGGGAAAGCUUUUAUUUGGAAAUCACUACUCAUUGUACACGAACGAACUCAUGCAGGGGAAAACCCUUACAAAUGUAAUCAAUGUGAGAAAUCCUUCUGUGGAAAACUACGGCUUAUUGUACAUCAGAGAACGCACACAAGAGAGAAACCCUAUGGAUGCAGUGAGUGUGACAAGGCCUUCGUUAGGAAAUCUCAGCUCAUUGUACAUCACAGAACUCAUUCAGGCGAGAAACCCUAUGGAUGUAAAGAAUGUGGAAAAGCCUUCUCGCAGAAAUCCGUUCUCAGCGCACAUCAGAGGACUCACACAGGAGAGAAACCCUGGCAGUGCACUGGGUGUGGGAAAGCUUUUUGUUGGAAGUCACAGUUCCUUAUGCAUCAAAGAACUCAUGCAGAUGAGAAACCUAUUGACAAGUUAAAUGUAAGAAACUUUCUCUCAAAAGUCAAUUCACAGGGAAUAACCAGCAAAUCCAUAUAGAAGAGAAACUCUAUAAGUGAAGUCAUUUUUUACACCAGAAAUCUUACACUGAAUAAAAGCCUUGUGAAUGUACAGUAUGUGGAAGGGUGUCCACAGAACACUUUUUAUUUAUUUUAGAAGAAAGGGAGAGAGAAACAUUUGUUCCAAAUAUUGAUGUAUUCAUUGGUUGAUCAUCGUUUCCUGACCAGGGCUGACUGUGCCACAUUGGCAUAGUGGGACGAUACUCUAACUGAGCUGCCUGGCCAAGACCCCAGAAAGGUGUCUUUUUAAUCCAUACUUUAUUAAUUAAACACUGGGAUUUUAAUGACAGAAAAUGUCUACUCUGCAUAGCAAUAUUCUUAACAAAUGCAACUUUUUCCUAGGGUAAAAUGACUUAUUAAAAGUGUGUUUUAAUAA